CAAAACCUAGUCCUCUAAAGCUAGGUCUGGCUGUGCAUAUCUCGAUCUUGCUCGUCUUCGUCUUCGUCUAAUUCGUCUUCCAAUUCGUGGCAUCGAUCAUGUCGGAUUCGGAACUUCCACUGGAAGAAAUCCCGGGAGAUUACGGUUUCCCAUUCUUUGGCGCGAUUAGGGAUCGUCUCGAUUACUUUUACUUCCAAGGAAGAGAUGAGUUCUUCCGAGACCAGAUGCGCAAGUACCGGUCGACGGUCUUCAGGGCCAACAUGCCGCCCGGCCCGUUCAUCUCCUCGAACCCCAAUGUCGUCGUCCUCCUUGACGCGAUCAGCUUCCCCGUCCUCUUCGACACAUCCAUGGUUGAAAAGAGGAAUGUGCUCGACGGCACAUACAUGCCCUCCACCGCCUUCACCGGCGGCCACCGUGCCUGCGCCUUUCUCGACCCGUCCGAGCCCAAGCACGACGCCAUCAAGCGCUGGUUCUUGUCCCUUGUCACGGCUCGGCGCAACAUGUUCAUCCCGACCCUCAGGAGCUGCUUGUCGGAUCUCUUUGUCAACCUAGAGGAUGAGCUAUCGAGCAAAGGGAAAGCGUCCUUUAACUCCCUCAACGACAAAAUGUCCUUCAACUUUGUGUUUAGGCUACUAUGUGACCAAGAGCCCUCGAGCACAAUCCUAGGGACCAAAGGAGCAACGAUGUUCGACCUAUGGAUAUUUCUCCAACUUGCGCCAUUGUUGUCCCUAGGGUUUAACAACAAGGUCCUAAAUUUCUUGGAAGAUGUCAUGUUGCACACUUUCCCACUACCUCCACUCUUAAUCAAAUCAUCUUACAAGAAGCUUUACCAUGCAUUUAGCGAGCAUGCGACUUCCGUUUUAGAUGAAGCCGAGAGGCUAGGAAUUGAUAGAGACGAGGCAUGCCACAACCUAGUGUUCCUUGCCGGGUUCAACGCCUAUGGUGGCAUGAAAGCCACAUUGCCCAUCUUGAUCAAGUGGGUCGGGUCGGGAGGCGAGGACCUGCACUGCCGGCUCGCGAGGGAGAUCCGGUCGACCGUCGAGUCAGAAGGCGGGGUGACCCUCGCCGCCCUGGACAGGAUGAGCCUGACCAAGUCGGUCGUGUACGAAGCCCUCAGGAUCGACCCUCCGGUCCCGUUCCAGUACGGGAGGGCGAGGCAGGACACGGUGGUCCGGAGCCACGACGCGGCCUUCGAGAUCAAGAAGGGCGAGAUGGUGUUCGGGUACCAGCCGUUCGCGACCAAGGAUCCGAGGGUCUUCGACGACCCGGAGGAGUUCGUGGGCGACAGGUUCGUCGGGGAGGGGGCAAAGCUGCUGAGGUACGUCUACUGGUCGAAUGGCCGGGAGACCGAUGAUCCGACGGUGGGGAACAAGCAGUGCGCGGGGAAGGAUCUGGUGCUGCUUGUGUGCAGGGUAACGUUGGUGGAGCUGUUCCUCCGCUACGACACGUUCGACGUGGAGUGCGGGAGCUUGCCCGUGGGUUCAUCCGUGACGUUCAAGUCGUUGACCAAGGCCACAAGUUGUUGACCCUGCGUCUGCCGCUGAUAAAGAACUUAGCAUGAUUUUGUUUGAAUUUUUUUGUUAUUUUCUUUUUCUUUCUUCUCUCCUGAUCUAGAUCUGGGAGCUCUCUUAUCUCGGUUUAAUUCUAGAUCUGAGAAUUUGAACUCUGCCAAUUUAGAUUUGGGAGUUUAAUAAU